CUCAAAGAAAAUAGAACAGUGUCCGAACGUAAGCCUCGUAUCGGUGCCGUGUUGGGUUCAGAUUGAUGCAGAUCACCAAUUCUCAGCCCCCAACGACCGCUUGGCUCAAUGCCGCCAAAGUCCAUGUGGAUUUGGGCAUUAUGUCGUGUCCCCCUUCAGCAAGGGGUCAUCAACAUGUAAGUAACGGCCUGUUCUCACAUUACACCCACACCUGCAAAUGCACACAUAGAGGAUUACCAUUGUACUUAAACAAAACGCCAAGACCCUCGUGAGCCUGAAGAAGGUCGUAACCGGACUAAAAGUCGUCGGGGAAAAAUAACGACGGCGUUGUUAAAACAAAAAACCUGGCACAUGAUGGCAUCUCUACAUAACCGGACUUCUCAGCCAACCACUUCCGACCAAGCAAUGGCAGACAGUGACACGAUUACAUCUGCAUGGAGCCUCGCCCGAGACGAGCAACAGCCACCGCAACAGCGACCUCAGCGAGAUAAACAGCCAAAGACACCCAAGCGAGUUUGCACAGCAUGUCGCCGUCGCAAAGUCGGCUGUGAUAAGAAGCAGCCGUGCCAGAACUGCAAAAAGGCGGGCAAUGAUUGCGUCUACCCUCCGAGUAAUGAUGCCAAUGCGCACCAGAUGAUCCGCGACGAGCGAUUACUUGAGCAGCUCAACCGCUUAGAGCCAAUGUUCAAAACGUUAGCCAGCUACGCCGAUCGGGGCAUGUUGCCUGCUGUAGUAGGUUCAAUGCUACCAGAGGCUGCCAACAACAAUCAUUCCUCGCCAACUCCUCCCACUCCUCAACAUUCAGCCGGCUCUGGUAGCGCAAGAGAUCGGCCGGUAUAUCGCCCUGUAGGCACCCAGCAGACUGCGACACAACGGACUCCCAGUCCUCCGGGUCAGCACUCACAACCACAGGGUUCCGAAUUGACCGGCGGCGAGGGACAGUCCAAGUCUAGCAAGGGCAAAGGGACCCCAGAUUCGGCUUGGUCGUCGCUGGGGACAUCCACCGGUAAGCUGGUCAAGGACGACGGUCGACAUCGAUACGUGAGCGGGGCGUUUUGGGAGUCUCUGCAUAAUGAGGUAAGAAGCCGAUUGUGUAUUU